CUUUCUCUUGCGCUUUGCGGCGGCCGCGCGGCGCUUUUGCGACGGUGUCGGCCGUAAAGCAGCGGCGGGGAGCGGCCGGCGCAGGGACCAUGGACGCCCGUUUCACCCGAGGGAAGUCCCCGCUCCUGGAGCGCGCGCUGGGCCGCCCCCGCACCGAGGUGAGCCUCAGCGCCUUCGCCCUCCUCUUCUCCGAGCUGGUCCAGUACUGCCAGAACCGCGUCUACUCGGUGGCUGAGCUCCAAGCCAAACUGGCCCAACUGGGCCACCAAGUGGGUCUCCGUAUCUUGGACGCUUUGGUGGCCCGGGAGAAGAGCGGUCGCCGGGAGAUCAAAGUCCUCAACGUCCUCCUCUUCGUCAAGGGUCCCGUUUGGCGAGCCCUCUUCGGCAAAGAGGCCGACAAGUUGGAACAGGCCAACGAUGACGACAAGACCUAUUACGUCAUUGAGAAGGAGCCCUUGGUCAACACCUACAUCUCGGUCCCCAAGGAGAACAGCACCCUCAACUGCGCCGCCUUCACCGCCGGCUUGGUGGAGGCCGUCCUCACCGCCAGCGGUUUCCCCGCCAAGGUCACGGCGCACUGGCACAAAGGCACCACCCUCAUGAUCAAGUUCGAGGAGGCCGUCAUCGCCCGCGACAAGAGCCUGGAGGGGCGUUGAGGGGGCUUGGGGGGGAGGGAAGCCCUCGGUGGGGACGCUGGAGGUGGUUGGGGUUCCUCACCGCCGCCCCUCGGUUCUCGCGAUGGUUCUUGGUCGCCUGCGGGGACGUUGGAGCUGGUUUGGGGACCUGGGCGCCAUCCAGUGUCCCUCUUGACGGCCUUGACCUCCCUCGGGGACGUUGGAGCUGGGUUGGGUCCCUCACCGCUGUCCCUUGUCCUUCCUGAUGGCCCUUGGUCCCUGUUGGGGACACUGGAGUCCCUUUGUGUCCCUGGACACCAACUCUUGUCCCUCCUGAUGGCCCUUGGUCCCCUUUGGGGACGUUGGAGCUGGGUUGGGUCCCUUGUCGCCAUCCUUUGUCCUUCCUGAUGGCCUUGACCUCCCUUGGGGACCUUGGAUCGGGGUUGGGUCCCUCACCGCUGUCCCUUGUCCCUUGUGAUGUCCCUUAGUCUUCUCUGGGGACACUUGGGGGCCCCUUUGUGUCCCUGGACACCAACUCUUGUCCCUCCUGAUGGCCCUUGGUCCCCUUUGGGGACGUUUGAGCUGGCUUGGGUCUGUCAUCGCCGUCCCUUGUCCCUCCUGAUGGCCCUCGGUGUCUCUCGGGGCCCCCCAAGUCGGUUGGUGUCACUAUAAACCAGCUCUCGUCCCUCCUG